AUGUAUUGUAAUAAAUUAUCAUCUAUCUUUAAUAUUUCAGGUGGACAUUUUUCUCCAGUCGUACAGAAGACUGUGUGCUAUAUUGCGUGUGGUUUAAUCAUCAAUGAGGUUGGACAAGUGCUAAUGAUACAGGAAGCUCGGAGACUAAGCCGUGGUAAAUGGUACCUUCCUGCUGGCAGGAUGGAGCCUGGCGAAAAUAUAGAGGAUGCAGUUAGGAGAGAAGUGCUGGAAGAGGCUGGUUAUGAGUGCCAGGUCACUUCAGUGCUUAUGGUGGAGGUUGAUGGACGGGCACUAUGGCUGAGAUUUACUUGCUUGGCCAGAGUCACAGGUGGCAACCGAAAGACAGAAGAGGAUGAAAAUAAUGAAUCGAUGCAAGCGAGAUGGUUCACUUUGGAUGAGAUAGCCAAGUUGGAAUUGAGGAACACCGACAUUUCCCAUUGUGAAUUACGCCACACAGUUGCGUAG